GGCACCAGCUGGGUAGCUCAGUUCAUUUAAUAAAUGCAAUUCCGCAUUUCGUCAUGGAGUUUGGUCUCUUGCAAGAGGAAAGCGAGACCAUCUUCGUGGACGAUCUAGACGCCUGGUUCACCAAUGUCUAUCGAUAUUGGCAUCGCAAGGGCUUUGCCUCCGAACUUGUAUUGGGCCUGGUGCAUCUCUUCACUCUUGCGUUCACUAUAUUUUUCUCCACGUUUUUAUUUGCCUUUGUAAACUGGGCCCAGCUCCGCCAGUGCAAGGAUGAGGAUUCGUGCUUGUCGCUAGGUAGCUAUGUCCGGAGUGCAUUUUUGGCCGAUCCAGCGAAGUAUGGGCAAGACGUAUUGGCGCUUGCGUAUAUUGCGGUAUUUGGUUUGUAUUGGCUCUGGACUUGCGGGGCAAGCAUGUUCUCACUCCGCGAGGCUUGGGCUAUAGGGCGUUUCUAUGAAAUAGAGCUGCAGAUUUCAAGCCGGGAGCUUCAAACACUCAGAUGGAACGAGGUGGUACAUCGGCUGGGGUGCCUGCAAAGACGAGGUUGCGCGCCUUGGAAGGCUUUCCAGACUACUGGCGGUGCCGCCAGCAGAACUCUCAUUGCCGGAGACAUCGAGAUGGCCACUCGCAGGGAUGCACCAGAAGAUGUACUCUUGCAUGAGGAUGCUCUCAUCACAGCUCAUGACAUUGCGUGUCGGAUAAUGCGGAAAGAAAAUUAUCUGAUUGCAAUGCUCAACGCAAACAUCCUCGACUUGACAUUGCCCUUGCCAGAGUCGCUCACAGAUCUAUGGGAUGACUUCUACCGCAACUACCUUGAACACAUGCGAGACCACAUCUUCCGCUCAGUAGAACUAUUGAUCUAUCACACGCAACUUGCACUCCACAUGGCGAUGUCCUACAUUGGUCUGUUCGCUAGUAUUGGAGUAAUGUUCCUCGGCGUUGGCGGAUCAUUGAUGAACACUGGCAAUCGAGGAACACGUGCAGUACGAUGGGAGUGGCUCAGCAAUGGCAGGCUGUCACAUCGAAGUCUCAGAUACUGGCGUUAUAUGCGAAGUCGGAAAACCUUGGUGGUUGCGACUUCAAAUGGAUUUGAAUAUGAGUUCCUCGUGCUUUCAUACAUUGUAGUCGGCUGUAAGACGAAAGUCACCGCCGUGGCAUGGUGUACCGUUGAGCCAAUAUGUGCGAUUGUGACAGACGACCAUUGUAUUUCUUUCUACCUCGAAGAGGGUGUUUGUUUGGAUGAAUGUAGAAUUCAGCGAAAAGCUGAUUCUACGGCGUUGGUUUGGCACCCAAAGCUAAAAGCUCUGGCGUCCGGCUGGGAAGAUGGAUGCAUCGCUGUGUGGGGUCUUACGACGCCGCCGAGCAGCAGCGGCGUGGCUGGUCCAACUGCUGCCUGCAUAUUUGCCGCAGAUUCCAAGCACGGCCGUGCGCCUGUCCGUAUUGUCAUGUGGAACCCAUCGGCGACGCGGUUGGUCAGCGGCGAUACUUCCGGCGCUAUCACUGUCUGGAAGGCCGACACGCGUGCCAGUCUUUCUGUCCUAAAAGAAUACUCUAUCGGGUCGGGAGUCACCUGUGCUGCGCCCUUCCCGCGAAUCAUAUCGAAAGUUUUUACACCGAUGACCAUCGGCUCAGCGUGCCUGGGCGUCUCCGAACUUACGACGAACGAUAUGGGCCAUACGACGGAGGUUCAGGCUCUCGGUGCACGCAUCGAUCACAUGCUUUUUUUUGAAGCAAAAUCACGCCUCGUCAUACUAACACGCGCGCUUGUUCUUGUUCAGCUCCAAAUUGGUAGCGACUGCAAAGUAAUUCCGGUCAUGAAGAUGAAAGUUGCCGUUGCGGGUGGGGCAGCAGAGCGUGGGAUCAAGCACAUCUGCUGGGCUGGACCUGGCGUCAUUGCCGCUGCAACUGGGGAGGCACUGAUCCGCUUUUGGAACUUGGCAAAUGACGAGACUUAUGUUAUAACGCUUACCUCGGUCGGACUGGAGCGUAGUUCGCGAGUCGCCUCUGUGGCAUUCAAUCCCCUCCAGCGCUAUCUAGCUGUUGGGACGCGAGAUGGUAGCAUCGCAAUGUGGCGCUUCUGCGGCGAUUACCGGGGAACGACGUCCGAAAGCGUGUCUGACACAAACUGUCGCACGGCGUUGCAGGCCAGCGACUGGGAAGCUAUGCCGUUUUCAACAGCAUGUGGUGGCGCAUCAUCAAUAGAUGUGAUGGCGUGGGGGCCUGGCCAGGGUCUCCUCGCAGCUGCUGCUCCCGAUGGCGCGACCUCGCUUCUUUCAGAGACGGUCCUUCACCGCCUUCUUCGAGCAGACGUCGGCGUUAUUCAACUCUCCACUGAUACUGUCAGGGUCGAGCGGCAGAACGGUGCAAGCGUCCUUCUGACAACAGAUCUCUCUAUUCGAGGCCUCGCUGUUGUUGUGUGGAACGGACAGGAGGCUCGAGUCUAUGAAUGGUCGGACGAAAUGGGCGACGCAAAGCCAAUAGAAACAGCCAGAUUCCCUACUACGGCUCGUGCCAUUGCCCUCCGAGACGAGACAAUUUUUCGCGCAUCGAACAACCUUGUUGAAUUGUGCAAUCUUCAAGGCAUCGUGCGUCAAAAAAUUACCUUUUCAGAGGGUGAAGGUUCUCCGACACACCUUGAUGUCAACGGUGACUAUCUCGCUGUUGCAACUGACACUGGUUUAAUCAAGAUAUUUCAAGUGACUAGGCGUGAACCCAAGCAGCUUGGCUCUCCAGGUCACUUUCACCUCUGGGCCCAGGCUCAGAAUUUUCUCCCCUCGAACACUGAUGAAUCUGUGCACCCGCCUGGGUCAUCCAAAGGGCGUUCUACAGAGGAGUCUGCCCGUGGCCAUGCCAUUCGCUCUAUCCGAUGUAAUGCAGAUGGGACGCGUGUGUCUAUCCUGGCUGAUCAUGUAUGCAGCAGCGAGGUAGACAACGAAGUGUGUAGCACGAGAGAGGGGGCGCUUAGAGAGCUGACAUUAUGCGUGUCUGUNUCAAAGGUGCAUGGUGUUUCAGUUCGAAUCCGUGAGCCUGACUCGCGUCUUCAUGUGUAUGAUUCAGAGCGAGAUAUUGUCGACUCGCAUGAUUUUGUUGACGUGCGACAUUAUCCGGUGUCGCACUACUGGGACCCACUAGAGCCCAAAUUACUUGCUUGCGAAACCCGCCGCAUGCGCAUUUUACACACAAGCAUCACCAAUUCAAAUGGCAAUCUUCGAUUAGCAGAACAUGAGACCAGCAAGAAAUAUUUCCCCCUCGGCUUGCACGAAGGCAAAAUUUCAACCCCUAGCGACAGCGCCGAGACACGGUCCAGCGCGUUGCAAAGAAAACUCGCGCGCAAGGUUACAGAAGAAGCGGGCCCGCUCAUGGAAGUUACCACGCUCUUUGUUACAGCCGAGUAUGGAAUAUUACUUCAAGACACAUUUCCACUUGAGCCGCCGCUAGAGGCACUGUUGGGGGUUCAAGUUCCCCGCCUGUUUUUCACACGGUGUGGUGGAGCGCCUACACUUGAAGCUGGCGAUGCAGAUGCAGAGGAUAUGAAUGUAAACACUAGUGGAUGCGAGGCGGGUGGCAACGUAGGGUUGUGCGGUCGCGUUAUGCGAGAUUUUGUUGGUCUUGAUGAUGCAGAUGCACGAACUCGGUCUGCGUUGCUUGAUUUUUCGUUCUAUCUAACAGUUGGGAAUAUGGAUGAAGCACACCGUGCGGUGCGUCUCAUCAAAUCUCCGUCCGUCUGGGAGAAUAUGGCACACAUGUGUGUCAAGACUAAGCGCCUAGAUGUUGCAGAGGUUUGCCUCGGCCAUAUGGGACACGCUCGUGGUGCUGCGGCGGUUCGCGCUACCAAGAACGAUGUUAUUGAGCUGGAAGCCAGGGUCGCCUCUGUUGCCGUGCAACUCGGGCUCCGAAAUGAUGCCGCGCGACUCUAUCGCGAAUGUAGGCGCUUUGACCUCUUGAAUGAGCUCUACCAAGCUGCUGGGGAGUGGGAGUUGGCCUUGGAUACUGCAGCUCACUCUGACCGCAUUCAUUUGCGCUCAACGCACCAUCGCUAUGCGAGACACUUGGAAGCACUCGGUUCAUAUGAUGGGGCUGCACGACAUUUUGAACUUGCAGAUACCCACCGGCGGGAGGUGCCCCGUAUGCUGGUUGCCCGGGGCGAGCAAGCAGCACUCGAGCAUUACGUCAUGCGCGCAAACGAUGCAGAGCUGCUAAAAUGGUGGGCUGGCUACUGUGAAUCUCUAGGUCAUCUUGAUUCGGCGCAGCACUGCUAUGAGUCGGCUGGCGAUCAUUAUUCGCUAGUUCGGGUGGCUUGUUUCUCCAAUGAAACAAAUCGCGCUUCGGAAAUUGUCCACGAAUCCCGCUCCACCGCUGGUGCAUAUCACCUUGCUCGUCAUUUAGAGGGUCGCGGCGAUAUUAACGAGGCUAUUCAGUACUUUGCAAAGUCUGGAUGCUACAAUCACGCAAUCCGCCUCGCACGUCAGUAUCAGCUAGACACGGAUCUUCUUCAAUUCUCCAUCAAAGCACGGCCAAGCCUUCAAGUUGACUGUGCAAAUUAUUUCGAGCAAAAAGGUGAAUUUGAGAAGGCAGUUCAACUGUACCAGAAAGGUGGCGAGCUUGCAAAGGCCCUUGACCUGUGCUUCAAGGUCGGCGGUGCGGGGCGCGCCCAGAUGUUUGAGGUCCUUUCCAAUAUUUCCAAGGAACUUGAUGAUACAGCUUCACCAGCUGUGGUGGCACGUUGUGCCGAAUUUUUCGUUGAGCAUGGCCAGUAUGAAAAGGCAGUCAAGCUGUAUAUCACUGGUGGUCGGUAUGCCCAGGCAAUCGCUCUGUGCUCAGAGCGCCACGUCGCAAUCACGGACGAACUCGCCGAGGCGAUGACCCCGCCCAAGCAUGAAAAUGUCGGCGAAAGCACAACUCCCACCCAGCGUAGUUUGACACGACGUGCGCCGAGAAAAAUAACGUGUGAAGAGCGAACUGAGGUACUUCUCGAGUUAGCACGCGCGUGUAAGAAGCAGAAUUCGUUCCAGCUCGCCUGCAAGAAGUUCACUCAAGCCGGGGACCGUCCCCGCGCCCUCAAAUGUCUUCUCAAGAGUGGCGACACCAAAAAUAUCAUCUACUACGCAUCCGUGAGCCGACAUCGCGACAUCUACAUACUUGCGGCAAAUUACCUUCAAUCUCUGGAUUGGCAAUCAGGAUCGGAAGCCGCAGCCGAACUCACCAAAAAAAUUGUUGAGUUCUACACCAAGGCGCGUGCCCACGAACCCCUGGCUGCUUUCUAUGACGCAUACGCACAAAUGGAAAUAGAUGAAUUUCGAGACUACGAAAAGGCUCUCGGAGCACUCAAGGAGUCCAGGCAACAGCUCGAAAAGGCUCGUAAGAUGGCGGAUCGUGAGCGCCGCAUCACUGCUCUGGAGUCGCGCAUUUCAAUUGUCUCGGACUUUGUUGAGGCCAGGCGAUAUGAAAAGUCAGACCCUCAGAAGAUGGCUGACGUGUGCACAGCCCUGUUGCAACGACAUGACAUUGAAUCCGCUAUCCGAAUUGGUGAUGCAUAUGCACUAUUAGUGGAAUAUCAUUUUAAAGCAAACAAUGCCCAUGAUGCAUUUGCAUUGGUGCAGCAAAUGCGACAAAGGCGCAUCGUCCUUCAUCCAUAUCUCGAACAAGAUCUUCUCGAACAGAUUCACCGGGCUGUCGGGGCAGCUAUCCCCUCUGAAGAUCAAGAAUCUAAGGAUGUUAUUGAUGAUGACAUAGUGAAUGAGGAAGUAGAAGAGGUCGACAGCGAUGACAGCGAAUCACAUGUGACGCGCAAGUGA